AUGAAAUUCUCUUCUUUCCUGGCUUUGACAGCCUUCUUAACCGGCACUGCCCUCGCCGGACCCCACGGCCAAGGCCUUACAGCUCGGCGCUUCCAGGGCCCCGGCUGGCUCGGCGAAAUCGACAUUGACAGUCUCUCUGAAGCGCAAGGCGAAGCGCCUAGCGCGCAAAUCACCGCCGCACCGCAGGCCAAAUCCAAGGCCAUCGCUCACAGCCAGGCGCAGUCCGAAGACAGCUACCUCAUCAACGAGAACUGGGCGGGAGCGGUGCAGGAAACGGCCCCGGCGGCCAGCGCGACGUACAGCUACGUGGCAGCGACGUUCACGCUGCCCUCCGUGACGCCAACCGCGGCGUCAUCAUCAUCAUCAUCAUCAUCCGAAACACAAGCGGCGUCCUUCUGGGUCGGCAUCGACGGGGCCACAUCCGGCGACGCCAUCUGGCAAGCGGGCGUCGACAUCUACGUGCAAAACGGGCAGCCGUCCUUCGCCGGCUGGUACGAGUGGUACCCGGCCAACUCGGUGGAUAUCGACCUGGAGUUCAAUUUCGGGGACGUGGUCUUCGCCAGCGUCGAGUCGACGUCGAACAGUGAGGGCGUGGCGGUGAUCGAGAACUUGACUACGGGCAAGAAUGUCACGGUCACUGCCUCUGCUCCGGCGGCGACUGCUACUUUGACCGGCCAGAACGCGGAGUGGAUUCUGGAGGAUUUGGCGGUUGAUGGUGAUGGAUUGACGUUUGUGGACUUCGGGGAGGCUACGUUUACGGGCUCCAGCAAUACUGUCCAGGCGGUUCCGACUAUUGUUAGUGAUUCGGAGUUGAAGGUUACGUAUCAGUGA